UAUUUCAUUAAUUAUUCAUUUUCGGUCUUCGGUAUUGUUGACUUGUGGGCAUAUCAUGGUUAUGAGCAACUAACUCCUUUUACAUAAAUUGAUACAUCCCUUCUAACUUUAGAUAUAGGAGUUUUUUAAAAGUGAGACAUUGUUUAUAGGAGGUCCUUAGGAAUAUGUCAACUGUCAACUUUCAAGUUUAUAACUCCUCAGUCAAAUUUUCUCCCAACAACCUGAAUAAUAUACAGUCUUAUGAAUUGAGAUUCUAGAAUACUUUUAUUCCUCAGCUAUUUAUGAGGUAAAUAUUUUUGAAUUAAGUUUCAUAAUUUUCUCUGGAGGGGUGUGAGAGAAACAGAAAUCCAGCAGGAAUUAGUGUAACCCUUCACAACAGGAACCAUAGCAAUCUAGCCCUUUAGUUGCAUGAGAAGUCCUGCGUUAUUAGCCUAGUGGCAGCAGUCCCCCCACCCCAGACACCCAGCAAUUAUUUCAGAAAAUGGAAGGGACUAUUGCAGUUUCUUGGCUAUCGGCUGAUGUCAGUUAACAUCAUUAGUCAACUAAUUAAUAUGAGACCAGUGCAAUUCAAUGAAAAUGGACCCUGAAUCACAAAGGAAUGGCUUGUUGAGAGCCAUCAGCGCUCCUGUGACCCACACCCUGAGAUCUUCAUUCCACCCUUUGGCCUGGAGUCCCACUAUAAUCUUGGAUCUUUGAUGCUAGCAGUAUAGCUCCUGGUGGAACUGGCAGAUACUAAUGAGCUUCCAUCCUCUGAGUAGACUUCGGUUGCCAAGGACCUGAAUCCCAGGGAAGAUCUUCCUGGCCACCAAUGUGCCAGAAGAUGUCCAGAAGUUAUCAUGGAAUUGAUGUGAUUGCUUUAAUUCUGUGGCCAAUAGAGGAAACCUCGUCAGACUGAUUAAAUGUAACUUUUAGUACAAAUAGACAAAUACUUGGAGAGCCCAGAAGGUGAAAGUGCCAUCCCUACCCGAAACGUCAGGUCUAGGUGACCUUCUAAGCUGUGCAACCAAAUGUACCUCAUGCCUAAAUCCAGGGCCAUUUGCCCAGCUUUUGCCUGGUUGCCAAUUUAGCCAUGAAAGGUACAGUAGUUUAAUUGGCAUUUUGCGUUAAUAUAGCAUGUUUAAAACAGAAAAACAUCAAACGUAAUUCAAACAAGCAAAUUUGGUGAGUUUUAGAAAAUUUUCAGAGGGUUAGCCAAAACUUUAGUCAGAAGGGUUGGCUUUAGCAAAGGACAAAUGUGUAGAAGAGAAGUAGAGAGGUGGAUAGAUUUAAGGAAGAAAGCAAAGAGCAUAAAACAAUGGUGCGGCCACUAGUGGUGAGAUGUUGGGAAAAAUAAUGUACAAAGGUGCAAGGUUGAGGAAUUGUAAUUAAGGAAGAGUUUUGUAGGGCAGUAGGAGAUUGCUGGGAUAAAGAGAUAACAGUACUCUUCAACAUUAUAAAUGUAAUGUUCAGGAUUUUUCUUAGAAGGGACAUGGCAGACAGGAGACAAACAAGGCAAAGAGGAAUCAACUAGAGAGCAGGACUCUUUCUCAAACUGUUUCAAGUUGCAACAAUGCUUCCAAGUGCUUGGACUGCAUCCUAUCGUGCGAUUCUCACCUCACUAUAUCUGUAAUCAUAGCUAGGAGCGUUGUAUUUUUGUGCUGAUGUAAAGGUGUUGGCUAAAUCCUUACCUCCCCAAACACAGCUAAAUCCCGUAACUUGCUAUAUAAAAUAGGCUUUGUACGCCAACACAAAAUGUUAUCAAAUCCAGGUUACCCUACCAUGUUAUUGACAAACCACAGUUUAUGAUCCGAACUGAUGCUAAUACUGAAAAUCUAGGAUCUCAGGGUCAUACCUGGUUUGAUACACCACGAGUUUAAUUUCCCUUUUUGUUUAUUGUGGUGAUCAGUCACAGAACAUAUUCAUAAGAGGCUACCAAUUUAAGAAAAUACAUAAGCACUUCUUGUGCACAAAGUUAAAAAUAGAAAGAAAGAGCCAAACGUUUUACCCUUAAUGAAAACCUUACACCCUUGUCUUUACAGUCAUGUAGUUAAACAAGGAGCUUUAAUCAGUUUUUUUGACAAUUAUCUGUAUUCACUCCAAGCUUUUUCUUUUCUUAAUGUCUCUUCCUGAGUUUUCUCUUACUGACUUCUAAGCCAUUCAGGAUUUUUAUUUUUUGCUUUGACAGUUUUAACAACUGCUAAACGAACAGCGCAUCAGUUAGAACAUAGAACAUAGAACAAUACAGCACAGAACAGGCCCUUCGGCCCUCAAUGUUGCACUGACCUGUGAACUAAUCUAAGCAAAUCCCCCUACACUAUGCCAUCAUCAUCCAAUAUGCUUAUCCAAGGACUGUUUAAAUGCCCCUAAUGUGGCUGAGUUAACUACAUUGGCAGGCAGGGCAUACCAUGCCCUUACCACUCUCUGAGUAAAGAACCUGCCUCUGACAUCUGUCUUAAAUCUAUCACUCCUCAAUUUGCAGCUAUGCCCCCUCGUACAAGCCAAUGUUAUCAUCCUAGGAAAAGGACUCUCACUGUCCACCCUAUCUAAUCCUCUGAUCAUCUUGUAUGUCUGUCCAAAUGAAUCUACAUAUUGUCUGACUGCCCCUGGACCAUUGUAACUUUCAACAUUACUGUUCUUUUCUCUCUUCUACCCUUCCAUUUUUGCUCAUGCUCUCAACCACCCACUUUAGAGUUUUAAUGUAUGCAAACAAUCCAACCCUCCACACACUCUUUCAGAAUGUAUCUAAAAUGAAACUUUUUUUUUAAAAAAUUCUCUCUGUUCUUAAUGCGCAAUACUGAAAUACAGAUCUAGAUUGGUAAAAAGCCCCAGGAGGCACCAUAAGAGAAAGGACUGGCCUGUGAUCUUGGACUCAGAGUUGGAGGCAUAUAGUGAUUAUAAUGAGGUUAGCCAUGUGGAACUCAUAGAAUAUGAGUUCCCUGAUUGGGGCUGUUAGCCUGGUCCAAUCGGAGAGCCCUGGCUGACCAGAUAUAAGCAGGAGUGUCAGAGGUUCUGUUCACUCUGAGAGCUGGAUUUGAAGGAGCUGCAUCAGUGAUAAGGGUGGCUUGGUGACAGGAUACCAGCUUCUGUUGAGUUAUUUCAGUGGUGAUAAGAGUAAAGCACAUUCCUAAAGAAACUUGCUCGCAACAGUCACCUUUGAGUGGAGGUAAGCAUUUAUAUGCCUUUAUUUUGGAAGCUUGACUUGUUUGAUCCUGCCAUCAAAGACUGGGCCCAGUGUGUAGAAAGAAUGUGUUUUUUUUUUCUGGGCAAAUAACAUUGGGGCAGAUGAAAAGCAAUGAUUUAUUUUCUUGAUAGCUUGUCGACUCACUGCUAUUUGGAGCCUAGCUUUUUCUGAAGCAUCAGAUACUGAAACCUUUCAACUGUUGAUGGAUUUGCUUAGGAAAUGUUAUGACCCCAAAUCUCCUCUAAUUUUGAGACACUAUCAUUUUUUGCAAUUGCAUGUCAAGAAUCAGUGGAAUCCCUAUUGGGAUUUUUUGAGUAGGUUAAAACAACUGGCGGGGGCAUGUGACUUUGGUUUAACCCUUAAUAAGAUGCUGAGACCAUUUGGUGUGUGGGAUUAAUGAUGUAAGCAUGCAGAAGUGCCUACUAACUGAAGCCCAACUGGACUUCAAACCGGCACGACAGCUUUAUGACAAAAAAUGUAGCAAGUAGAGCAUUUGAGGUGCAGGGUAUUCCAUUGGAAGUGGACACCCUUGUCAGUUCAGCUGAGUUUUGUCAGUUCAGGUAGGACACCACUUGAGUGGAGGCUAUCACUUGAGGGAAGGCACUUGCAUAGCCUCUGUCAUGACAUACCCUGAACAGGGGGAAUCUAGGCCAGGUCACAGCAAAACCCCAAAACAAAACUAAGCCUCAGCCAAACAGUGUAAACUUUCUUCAGGAUCCAAGCCAGCAAGCCAUUGUAGUUGCUGACAGUGUGGGACUUGCAACAGCAAAGGAGUCCUACCAGACCUAAAUUAAGUAAGAGAACUGAUAGGCCGGUAUCCAGGAGAGCGCGCAUGAUGGAACAUCCACCUACAUCUAGUUUACAACAGUUAAAUUGCUUAGCAACAUCCACAUCAGAACCAAACCGAAUAAACACCUGAUUUAAAUGGUCAUCAGUUCCAGGGAGAUCGUUACCGGCACAGCAAUUUGUGAUCGCAGAAACAGUCUCUAACAAAAUUCGAUCUUGACUUCAACACUUAAGUUUGUGCAAGAUCUUAGCUAGACUGAGAACCUAUACUGGGUAACCUGUACAAAUUAAGGGUACAACUUCGGUUCCGGUCUCUUACGAGAAGCAUUUGGUUCAGUUACUACAGCUUGUAAUAAAAGGCUCAGGCCCAAGCUUGAUGUGGUAAAAUUGAGAUUCACCUAGAUUGGCUGAACAUUUGAGAUAACAAGGUGUAGCGCAGGAUGAACACAGCAGGCCAAGCAGCAUCAUAGGAGCAGGACAGCUGACGUUUCGGGCUGAGACCCUUCUUCAUAACUCUUUGUUUGAUUAGAAAAUGGUUGCCUGAGUGAAGCCCUAAUUAAGUACCCAGAAUUCUUUGAGAAGGUUUAGGGACUGUGAAAAGAGGCAAGGCCACCUGGCAUGUUGACCAGGAAGAAAUUCCACGUUUCUGCAAGGCUUACCCAGUGCCAGUUGCCUUACCGCCAAAAGUAGAGGCAGAAAUCAUUCAGGUGAAUAACGAAGCAAACUUCAACCAGUCCCGUUUGUGGAGGCAGCACCGGUUGUACUGGCUUUGAAGUCCGACGGGCUGCUUCACCUUUGUGGGGAUUUUAAACAAAUGGUAAACUGUUUUUUCACAGCUGGAUAACCAGCCAACCCCUCACAUAGAGGAUGUAUACGCAAACUUUGCAAGGAGCUGUCCUUCACAAACCUGGACACAAGCCAUGCAUACUUGCAAUUGCACUUAGAUACAAAUGAAAGACUUUGAGUAUUUUGAAGAAGGUGGCUGUAUUUAUAGAAGACGUCAGAAUGGUGAUCAAAUUCCUGAACUUGUCUUAUCCUUGGAUCAGCUGCAGUUCCUUCAAACAACAGAAGCUCAAUUUCAACAUAUCAGAGUCUCACCAAAUCAGAAGUAUUUGGCUUCAAGUAUACGUACUUCAUCGGAUGAGUCUACUUGUGUUGUAGUCAAACUUGUUCCUAAGCCAGAAGUAGUGCAUGUUUUGCCAAGAACAUUUAGUUUUGAAUGGGGUACAGACAGUAGUCUGUUCUACACCAACUUAGAAAAACUUCAUUCCCAUCAAGCUUUGAAGCUUCUACUUGAAGGUGCAAGGACAACAUCUGAGAUGGUUUACAAAGAAAAUGACCCAAGGUUUUUUGUAGAAUUGGCCAGCACCAAAGAUGGGAGGUUUAUUACUAUCAACAGUAACAGCAAGAAUAGCUCAGAGGUCUGGUUACUUGAUCGUAUGUCUGCACAAGUUAACCCCAGGAUUGUUCAAGAACGGGUCCCUGGAAUAAUUUAUCAUGUGGAACACUGGAGAAAUCAGCUGUAUAUUUUGACCAAUUGUGGUGCAACAGAAGAAUACAGACUGAUGAAGACACAGAUUUCUUCCCCUGGAAUGAAGAGCUGGCAGACUGUUUAUGCAGUAAAAGAGAGGACUAAAUUAAUUGAUAUGGAGCUGUUCAAGGAUCACUGCAUUAUGAUAUUGAAGUAUUCCGAUCACUUGUAUCUACAUGUGUUUUCUCUUGAUGAGCCAAAAACUGUUAAGUGCAUCCAGCUCCCAUCUUGGGCCUGUGUCAUUGAGUCUGAGGAUAAUCUAAAGCACGAGACAAACAAAUUUUCCUUUCGACUGUCCUCUCCAGUGCAGCCACCGAUGAGUUUUUUGUAUUCAAUAGAAGAUGAUGAGCUCUAUGUACAAGAAGAUGGAUCUGAAACAACAAAUCCAAUGGACUAUAAAGUGACUUGUUUGAAAGCACCAAGCAUGGACGGCACUUUGAUACCAAUAACAGUCUUUCAUAAAACAACAUUGAAUAAAAUGAACAAAAAACCUUUAUUAGCCCAUGUCUAUGGAGCUUACGGCAUCGAUUUGAACCUUGACUUUAAACCAGAGCAAAUGGUGCUAUUGGAAGACGGCUGGAUUUUAGCAUAUUGUCAUGUUAGAGGAGGUGGAGAGUUAGGUUUAAGCUGGCACAAAGCAAGUCGGUUGGACAAGAAGCAAGUGGGCGUAUAUGACUUAGAGGCUUGUUUUCAUCAUUUGCACUCAAUGGGAUAUUCAAACCCCAGGCGGACUGCCCUCACAGCAAACAGUGCAGGUGGAGUCCUAGCAGGGAGCUUGUGCAAUGUGUCUCCUGAUUCCAUCAAAGCUGUUGUUUUACAAGCUCCUUUCCUCGAUGUUCUCAACACCAUGCUGGAUCCUUCAUUACCGCUCACCAUUGAAGAGCAAGAAGAGUGGGGAGAUCCUUUGUCUGAUCAAAAUCUUUUUAAAUGCAUUCAAGCUUAUUGUCCAUAUCACAAUAUAAAGCCACAGAAAUACCCAUCUAUAUUCAUCACCGCCUACCAGGAUGACCAGCGUGUGCCAUUGUCUGGGUUGCUAAGAUAUAUCAGAAAACUGAGAAAUGCUGUGGCUGUUAAUGCAUAUAAUACAACAGAUAAAUUGCCGAACAUCAUUUUGGAUAUCCGACCUGGAGGUGAUCACUUUGGGCAAUCUAAUUGGAAAGAAUCAAUACAUGAAGUCGCCAGGCAUUACGCAUUUUUAUAUGAAGAGCUAGAACUUUAACGUAGAGGCAUCCAUUAAUAUUUAUUGUAGGUCUUCUAUACAGCUCUCCAACUAAAUGUUGACAUGGAUUUAGUGAAAAAUAAUUCUGCGAAAUAAUUGUAAUUAAAUUCUAUAUUUGUGGAAUUCAUCCUUUUGUAUUGAUGAAUGUUGAAUCAGUAUUUAUUUUUGUAGCUAACCAUGGAUGUUCAGUGGUCAUCUUAAAGUAUUUUGAACCUUUGCUAUUUCAUGUACAUGACAAAAAUUAAGGUAUAAUGUCAUGGAAAUGUUUUAAAUACCAAUAAAUCAUUGUCAUAAAUUCCGUUUCUUUUAUUUUAUUUUUAUUCACACAUGCUAAAGAAAACAAGUAAUUCAGCAAGGAAAGUCAAGGAACAAUUUUAUAUUUAAACCCUUUGUUCUUGUUAUGAUCUUAGUUGCUGUUCAUGAUUCAAGGUAACUUUGUUUUUCUUCUUUCAUCGGAAUUAGUUGCAUAAUAACACCUCAGCAAUAUUUACAAAAAGCUACAUCAUUUAAUGUGAAAAUUGUAUGUUUGUUCUACUGCCCUUGGCAUUUUCUUUUACAAUGUAACGUGAUUUUAAAUAUAUAGGUGUUUUAUUACACAUUCAAAUCCUAUGGUGUUUGUACUGCAAGGCCAGGACGUUUGUAUUUUUUUUCCUGCUAGCUUUUUUAUGGAGUUGCUCAAAAAGAAAAAAUUAAGGGCAGCGCAGUGGCUUCAGUGCUUAGAACUGGUGUCUUCCAGUGCCAGGACCCAUGUUCAAUUCCAUCCGCGGGCUAUACUGUCUGAUGAGUUUGAACAUUCUCUCUGUAUCUGAGUGGAUGUCUUGUCAGGAUAAUGAAUGGUUUGGAGGGGAAUUUGAAGGUGGUGAUAUUCCCUUGUAUCUGGUGCUCUUGUCCUUCUAAACAGAAGUGGUUCUGGGUUUGGAACAUGCAUUCUAAGGAUCUUUAGUGAAGUUUUGCAGUUCAUCUUGUAAAUAAUUCACACUGUUACUACAGAGCAUCAGUGAUGGAGGGAGUCGAUGUUAGUGGAUAUGGUGCCAAGCUUCUUCAGUGUUGUUGGAGCUGCACCCAUCCAGGCACUCAGGAGUAUUCUAUUAUACUCCUUUCGUCGACUUUGUAGAUAGUGAACAAGCUCAGAGGAGUCAGGAGGGAAGCUACUCGUGACAGUAUUCCUAGCCUCUGUCCUGCUAUUGUAACCACUGUAUUUAUAUAGUGAAUCAAUUGAGUUUCUGGUCGGUGGUAACCCCCAGCAUAUUAAUAGUGCAAGAUUCGUGGUCGUUUCCUGGCACUAACGUGACUUUAACGUUACUUGCCACUUGUCAGCCCAAGCCUGGAUAUUGGCCAGUGUUAGACAAGUGAGGUGACUUCUAAGCAGCCAUAGGAAAAAGUAAUCCAUGUGUUUAGACAUGUUACAACACACCUCGGGGGCUUAGAUCCUGGUCCUUCUGGCCCAGAGGGUACAUUAUCACUGUACCACAAGUGGCCAGAUUUGAGGGCUAAAUAAAAGGUCCAUAUUGGCAUUUUAAUUAUGUUCAUUACAUAGUUAGCAUCCAGUUGGACUCCCUAUUUGUCUUCAAUCCCAAUCCACAGAGACCUAAAGACCUAAAAGAGGGCAAGGAGACAUUGGGAUCCUGAGUUCACCUACAUUUCUGGAGAUUUAACUCCUUGCACAUCAGAUGAGAAAAUAUUUUAUCAAAUGUAACACUGACAAGACCCACUGGCUCAAUUUCCUUGCCAGCCAAGUGAUAGAAAGAAAAUUGAACUUCUGAAGAUUACAGUCCGGAGCUACAAAUAGUAACAUCAAUGUAAAGGUGCAUGCUGUCAUAGUAACUUGGACUCCAAUUGGCUUAAUGAUAGGUGGAUGCAGGGUGAUGGUGAUUGGUAUAUGGUCGAAGUGCUUCAAGGCAGAGGAGAUCACCGGGGGUCGCAGUGGGAGAGAGGUCCACUGUGAUCAUU